AUGACUAUCAUAGUAUUUCUUAUUGAUACCUCGGCGUCCAUGUGCCAACGGACUUACAUGGGUGGAAGACCGACACUUUUGGACAUUGCUAAAGGGGCUGUUGAGUCCUUUGUCAAGGUAAGACAGCGGUCUUCAGAGAGCCGGGGUGAUAGAUAUAUGUUAUUGACUUUUGAAGAGCCACCAGCCAAUAUUAAGGCUGGUUGGAAAGAAAACAUUGGUGCAUUUAUGAAUCAAUUGAAAAAUUUACGCUGUGCUGAAAUGACUACCUUAGGAUUAGCACUAAAAAAUGUAUUUGAUAUACUUAAUAUAAAUCGAAUGCAAAGUGGUAUAGACACUUAUGGCCAGGGUCGUUCACCAUUUUUUUUGGAACCAUGUAUCAUAGUAGUAAUAACAGAUGGAGGACGGUUAUCAAAUUCAUCCACAGUAGUUGAUGAAUUUAAUCUCCCCAUGACAAAUCCUAUACCUGGAUGGGAGAUGACUAGAGAACCAUUUCGUUGGGACCAGAGGUUGUUUUCCCUAGUAUUACGUAUGUCUGGCACGCCAACUGUAGAUCGUGAUACUGGACUAGUUGCCAAUGAUACAUCACCUAUUGAUGCUAUGUGUGAAGUUACUGGAGGUAGAUCAUAUUGUAUAACUUCACAAAGAGUAUUAAUGCAAUGCAUUGAUAGUUUAGUGCAAAAAAUUCAAAGUGGUGUGGUAAUAAACUUUGAAAAAAUUGGUCCAGAACCUUUACCAAUUGCAGACAAGGAAAAUAGUAUGGACAUUGAUUUAGGUUAUGAAGAAUUUGGAAAAAUUGGUUUUAGUGGUACAGAUCAUUUGAAUCAUCAAAAUGGGAAUAAAAUUAAUGGUGUUCCAAAUAUUGUUCAGCCACUUUCUAAUGCUUGGCAUAAUUGUCGAAAACUUAUUCAUGUUCCAAAAUCUGCCCAAAAAGGAUUUCCUAUGGGUUUUUGGCCUAUACCUGAAUCAUACUGGCCUGAAAAUACAAUGAACUCUUUGCCACCAAGAUGUGCUCACCCAACAGUUAAAUUUUCUUGUGUAAACCAAGAACCUAUGGUAAUUGAAAGUUUACCUUUUGAUAAAUAUGAAUUGGAACCGUGUCCACUUACACAAUUUAUACUGUCAAGAAAACAGCCAACUCUUUGUUGGCAGGUUUUUGUUGCUAACAGUUUUAAAACUCCAGAAGUGAUGCAUCCAUUUGGUUACUUAAAAGCUAGUACAACAUUAUCCUGUGUUAAUCUAUUUGUAUUACCUUAUAAUUACCCAUUACUUUUACCUAUUCUCGAUGAAUUGAUAAAAGUACAUAGAUUAAAACAAACUCCUGAAUGGCGGGCUCAAUUUCAAGCUUAUUUACGAAGCACACCAGGAUAUUAUAAUGCUCCUCUAAGGAGAGCCUUAACAAGAAUGGGUGUGCCCAGUACUGUAGUGACUUCUUUGGUGCCUGACACUGCAGACAAUGCUUCUUUAAGCUACUCUGUUCUAAGUUAUUUAAAACGUCUUAAAACACAAGCAAAAACAGAAUAUGAUAGGUUAUGUACUGAAGUGACUAACAAACAAACAGCUAAAACAAAUUUAAAUUUAGCUGAUUACAUUCGUACCAAUCAUAUAUCAUCGCUCAAAAAAGAUAUGUCCACUAAUCCUCAGUUGCAAAAUAAAUUUAUUCAUUUACGAGAACAAUUAAAUGAUUUCAAUAACUUUGUAGUAGGUACUGCUAAAAGAAAAAAUGUUGAAUGUAAUAGAACUGGCGGUUCUGGUUUUCAUAAUCCUUUUGAUAUAUCACGUAGUAAACUUUUAGAAGUAGUUAAAAACAUGCAAACUAGUUUUUGUCAUCUUACUCCAACCAGAUAUUUUGAAGAUGAUUUAGUGCAUUGUAUGCCUGUAAGUCAGAUGGGUAAUUAUCAAGAAUAUUUAAAACGUAUGACAUCACCACUUCGAGAAGUAGAAUCAAUGCCCGUGAGACAACACAUGUUUGGAAAUCCUUUCAAAAUUGAUAAAAGAAUGAUGGUAGAUGAAGCAGAUGUUGACUUGGUUGGAGCAGGAAGUGGAUCCUCUAGUCCUAGAGCUGGAUCUAAAAGAGCUUUAGAUAGUGGUCCUACAAGAAGAAAACCUGGACCUUUACCACGACAUGUAUGUGCAUCUCCUCGACCUAGAUCACCAUCACCUGCACCUAUCAUUCCUAUUAAUUCUUUAGUAGAAACUCCGCCUAUACUUUUACCCAAUGGAGGGGAAACAGAUGAAGAAACUCCACUUCCGGUAAAUGGAGAUUGUUACCCUAGGGUUAUGUGCCCAUCACCUCCUCCACCAAUACUUGAACCAUAUGAAAACCAUUUUAAUGAUGAAACUGAUGAAGAUGAAAUUAUGCCGAAUGAUAUAUGUAACCAUAUCCCAGUGAUUCAAGAAGGAAAUGGUGUUCGUCAACACCUAUUAACAAUUACUACUAAUGUGGACCAAGACAUGAAUGAACUGUCAAAACAAGAGUUGUUAGACAUUAAACAACACAAUGCAAAAGUUAGGAAACUUUUAUUCAUUGAAGUUAAACGUCCAGGCCAAAAUUAUACAGCACUAUUCCAUUGUUUGGGUACAUUAAAAGGUCCAGCAUCUAUCCAAUUGACUUAUGUUAAUGACAUUAUUGCUGAAGCGCUUAGGUUUAAGAGAAAAAGAUUAGUAAACAAAUUGGAGGAGUUUAGAAAAUCAUAUAUGCAAAUUCCAGCUGCGGCCAGAUGAUUUAAAAAAAAAAAAAAAAUUAUAUAAAAAUCAAUUGGCCUUAUUCUUAUUAAUUAUUUUUCCAAUUAUUUA